AUGACAGCCCCCGUGCCCGCCCCCGCCAUUCCCGUUAUUGACCUCGCCGGCGACCAAGCCGACGUCGCCCGCCAGCUCGUAUCCGCCGCCCAAGAGCACGGCUUCAUCUACAUCAGGAACUUGGACAACGACAUCACCGCCGACGACGUUGACAGAGCCUUUGCACUCUCCAGAGAUCUGUUCGAUGCGCCCGCCGACGAGAAGCGCAGAUGCUCCAUCAAGAACAACCGCGGGUGGGCGGGCAUGCAUGUAGAGGCGCUCGACCCCAAGAACCAGAAGCUUGGCGAUUUCAAAGAAGCCUUCAACUUUGGCGAAUUCGUCGACGGCAAGGCUCAGCAGCCACUACCUUCGACGGUCGCCGAUAAGGAGCCCCUUUUCAGCGCCUUUGCAGACUCGUGCCGCAAGCUCUGUCACAAGAUCCUCUACCUGCUCGGCUUAGGCCUGGAUGUUGGAGAGUUCCUCUCCUCUGCCCACUUCACCGGCCAGCCCGACUCGGGCACCACGCUUCGCUUCCUCUGCUACCCGCCGGCCGAGUCGGCGGCUCAUUCCGGCCAAGACGUCCGCGCGGGCGCCCACUCGGACUACGGCUCCAUCACGCUGCUCUUCCGCCUUAAGGGCCAGGCUGGUCUCGAGGUCCUCGACAAAAAUGAGACCUGGGCCCCUGUGCCCGUCUGCCCCCCCGGCACGGAGACGGACCCUGGCCCUCCCAUCCUCGUCAACAUUGGCGACUUGCUCUCCUACUGGACAAACGGUCUAUUUAGGAGCACUGUCCACAGAGUCGUCUUCCCGACGGCCGGCUCCGGAGCCGUCGCGGGCGAGUCGAGCUCGGGGACCAGGUACUCCAUCGCUUUCUUCUGCCAUCCAGUGGACUCGAGCAGACUGGAGCCGGUGCCCAGCCAGCGUGUUCAGAGCUGCGUGCCUGCUGGAAACGCGUCUGAUGCGAAUCCGUACGCCAAGAGGAAGGUCCUGACUGCCGCGGAGCACUUGACAAUGAGGCUGAAUGCCAGCUACGGAGCUUCAUUGGACAACGACGAGGCUUCUAAAGCUUAG